AUGCCCAACCCCACCCUCCUCAAAACCCACUUCAUCAUCGACGAAGACAACAGCACCCGCCACACCGAAAUCCGCACCGUCCUCCUCAACCGCACCUCCACCCCGCUCUUCUACAUCUGCACCCGCGACGGCCGCCACCCCCUCGACCGCAACACCAAAAUCCGCACCGCCAGACCCACCAGAUCGGGAAGCAAGUGGGGCACUCACGAUCCGGGACCUUCGGUGGCGGGCACGCGUCUCUGGUGCGAUACGGAGGAGAUCCGGGCGAUUGCGAAGAGUCAUCCGGAUGAGAGGCAUCGGACGACGUGGACGGAUGUUAAAAAUGGGAGGGAUUGGAGGGUGAAACAUCUGGUGGCGGCGAGGGAGUUUAGGUGGGAGGUUGGGGGGAGGGGGUUUUUGUGGAGGCAGUGA